AUGGCGAAAAGGGUCCGUUUUUCUGUUGCCCAGCCUGUGACGAUCGUCGGAUGGUACAUCUCAUCCUUUGCACUGGUAGCUCUUACAUCUUGCGUGAGAGGCCCUCUAGCUAUCGAGCCCAAGGAAAAUCAUGCCUUCUCCCAAGCAUUCUACUAUGCCAUAUUUGCAGCAGGAUUGUAUUUCAUCGUAGCGAGCCUCAUGCUUGUCACGGUUUAUGGAGCUUACAAGGGACACUAUGACAAGGACUUUCAACUUACGAUGUCUCAACGUACACUUAUGUUACAGACCAUCAGCUUUCUGGUAUAUCUCCUAUCAGGAGCUGCCGUGUUUGCUCGUGUUGAAGGAUGGAAAUUCCAAGACGCGGUUUACUUCGCAGAUUUUACAUUACUUACAGUUGGUAUUGGUGAUAUCACACCUACCACACAUACGGGCCGAAGUCUCCUUUUUCCGUACGCUAUUGGAGGUAUCAUAAUUUUGGGUCUUGUAAUUGGUUCUAUCCGCUCUUUGGUUCUCGAUCGGGGAAAAGUCAAAAUGGGAGCGCGAAUGGUUGAGAAAGAGCGUCGCAGACUUCUCAAGAAAUUACAGAAGAAAGAAAAGGACGAGAUCCUCAACCCUAUCAAGGACGAGAAACGACCAUCUCUCUCGCGAAAUUCGACCAGAACUGUGGACAACCACCCUGAGCUUCUUACCGAGCGCCAAAGACGGCAUCAAGAAUUCAAGUUGAUGCGAAAAAUUCAAGCUAGUGCCCAGAAAAAGCGACGCUGGACUUCACUUGUUAUAUCUGGUACGAUAUGGAUGGCACUCUGGUUCGUCGGUGCAGCUAUAUUCCAACAGAGUGAAAAGAGUCAAGGUUGGAGUUACUUCGUCUCCAUGUACUUUGCCUACACGUCGCUCCUUACAAUCGGCUAUGGUGACUACUACCCUACCUCCAACAGCGGCAAAGCAUUCUUCGUAUUCUGGUCACUUCUUGCGAUUCCUAGUCUCACUAUCCUCAUCAGCAACAUGGGCGAUACAAUCAUCAAGGGAAUCCGUGAUCUUACGCUCUGGAUCGGAAAUUUCACCGUGCUGCCUGGCGAAAAGGGCGUAAGACUAAAUCUGAUGGAAACAGCCCACAAACUUACAAGAGGGAAAUGGUUCCAUUCCAAAAUCCAAGAAAUGCCCCCUGGAAUACUGGGAGAAUCCAAACGCCGGUCUUCAGCCUCUUCUUCCCAGCACGAAGGUACUGGAGGAGGUCACAUAAAAGAUGACCCCGAAUCCGCAGCGCAACGCAUAAACUCAGAUCUCGCUCUUAUCGAAGAAAAGAACGCCCACGAACGUGGCCGUAAAAACGACCCGUUACCUAGAAGUAAACAUCACUAUCAUCUCCUGCUUAUCAGGGAGAUAUCGAGUGUCAUGCGCCAUAUCAGAUCUACGCCACCGCGUAAAUACACCUUUGAGGAGUGGGCAUGGUAUCUUAAACUCGCAGGAGAGAAUGAGGAUGAUGCUGAUCACCACAGACGAGCGGCGGGCGGAAAACUCACAGAAGAGAGACUGGAGAAUGCUGGAGGCGUUGAGGGCGAGGGAAUGGGAGGUGCUGGGGGUGGUCAGGAAGCUGGGGAGAAGAAGAGUAAAUGGAGUUGGGUUGGAAAGCGGAGCCCUCUUAUGGGGAAUAAAGAGGAAGCGGAAUGGGUGCUUGAGAGGUUGACGAAGAGGUUGGAAGGAGAACUGGAGUGGAUCAGUAAGGAGGAGGCUAGGAAAAGUAGUCAUGGUAGUGGUUCGGGUGAGGGCAGUGGUGGGAUUAAGAGGAGGAGGUCUAAGUUCAAGGAGGACUUGGAAAGGUAA